AUGGCAGCGGGCACUGGCGCUGCCCAUGAGUUGGUGCUGUGGGCGCGGUGGGCGCAGCUUGGACUGGAAAAGAGGAGGACGGACUGGACACGGAGGCGUGUGUCUGAGGACCAAAAGGGACUGGUGCGUGCAUGGGCCGGGAAUCGAACCCGGGCCUCCCGCGUGGCAGUCCCUGCACCAGCUGGAUCCCGGGCCCUGGACGGGACGGACCGGCCACGGGAGCCCAAGGCACGGCCAGGAGCGUCCCCGGUCCAGACUGAGGCUCUGGGGCUCCACCGCGCCUCUCGCCGGGAGGACGCCGAGGCCCCACGUCAAGCCCUGGCCCCAGCUGGCGCGACCGGCGGGGGGCGGGCGCGUGGCCUUAAAUUUCCUUUCCAUCUUUCAGACUGGCUGCUGCUCCAGACCCCCCAAAUGGUGUUCCUGGAAGGGGAAACCAUCAUGCUGAGGUGCCAUAGUUGGAGGAGCAAACCCCUGAACAGGGUCACAUUCUACCAGAACGGAAAAUCGGUAAAAUUUCAACAUUACAGUGGCAACUUCUCCAUCUCCAAAGCCAAUCACAGCCACAGUGGUGAUUACCACUGCACAGGACUUCUAGGGAAGAACAAACACUUGUCGAAGACUGUGACCAUCACUGUCCAAGGUUCAGCAACCGCAUCUGUCGUCUCUCUGCUUUGGUACCAUGCGUCUUUCUGCCUAGUGAUGUGCCUCCUGUUUGCAGUGGACACGGGCCUUUAUUUCUGUGUACGGAAAAACCUUCAACCCCCAGUGGAGGCCUGGAGGAAAUCCCUAUCAGUCAGAAAGUGUCAGGCUCCCCAGGACAAAUGACAUCUCACUGUAGGGCGGAGAACAGCAGCAGCAGCAGCAGCAGCAGCAUCUUCUCAGCCACCCUGUUGCUUCUCCUACAGCCUUCCUUUUUAAAAAAAAAAGCAGCAGCAUAGAGCCAGGCCCGACAUGUGGUCCUGUAAUUACAGUUACAAAGGAGGCUGUGGCAGGAGGAUCACCAGUUCAAGGUCUGCCUAGGUGCCUGGAUAACUUAGGGACAUCCUAUUUCAAGAAAAGAAGGCUGGAUAGGGAGUGUGUAGGUUGUGUUUAGAUGGCUUACCAGGCAAGGGCACCUGUUGCUAAGCCUGCCAACAAGAGCAGAGUUUGACCCUUGCGACCCACAUGGCAUAAGGAGAGAACAAAUUCCUGAAAGUUGUCCCCUGACCUCCACACACUCACCACAGCAGGCCCACCUUCUCUUUCUACAGGCACACACA